GAAUAGUCGACCCUAACUCUAUGUAACGUACGUUCUCAGGUCACUAUGAGACAUCCAACGGUAGUUCCGCUGGGAGGGAGAUCCUGUCCACUACUACGUACCUUGAGACAGGUUAAUUGAGCAUAAUCAUCGGUUAGGCGGUGCGACCAUCAUUGGAGACCAUACCUUGCACGGGCGUUUGUCUGCCAGGUACAGCCUCGGCGUGAGUAUACUAGUGCAAACUUUAGUAGUGUCUUACUACCACAUUAAAUCUUCCUCGCCUCAACCACAAUUCAGAAGUGCUGCGCACUGCAUGUUAUUCAUAAUCUAACGACUCUUUCACGACACCAUAAUCCCUGGCUGCGGUAUGUUUUCAUCUGCUCCGAGUCGAAUUCCGUUCUGUCCCCGCACGCUCCUCUGGCUGUCUCUCUCGGUCGUCCGAUACCCCCAAUUUGUAUCUGCAAGACCAACAAGUGAGAUAUUACCACGCGCAUCAGAUACCAGUCAAGUGGGAAGCGACGGGAACGGCAUUUCUGCAAGCGUAUGGAUACCUGUACUGAUACUCGCAGUCGUUGUUGCCGUGCUGACACUAGUUGGAUGCGUCAGACGGGCCACGCACAGGGAAGUUGGCGCAGCUGCCGUAGCGAGCACGCCUGCUGGUCAGGCAGCCUCAACUCGUCCUGGAAGACGCCGGAGGCCCGCACGGACUCCAAGUCAGAUUUCCACAAAAUCGCUUCCACCUUACAUGCUGGAACCGGGCGACCAGGAGCUUGUUAUCUUCAGAGCCCCUUUGAAGACGGAGGACGACCACGAUCCUAUGCCAAUACUGGAAGAAGCAGAGCACCCUCAAACAAGAGGGACACAUCGUGGUCUUGACAUCGAGUCACACGGUACCAUACAGGCGGAUAACUCUUCCACAAAUCUCAUAUAUAACGUUUCUGACGACGUACCAAUGAGACGAAGUAUAGACGUUGUUAGCUUAGGCACGUCGCAUCACUCGCAAGAAAGUCAUUCCGAAUUGUUACCGUUGCACACUACACAAACACAAAUGUCCGAAGACCCACGAGGAGAAGCUCCUCCGUACUUUGAGGUUGUAGAUCACGACACUCCUCACACGUUGCCUAAUGAGCCUCCUGAAUCCAUCGACAAUGCUGCCCCUGAUCGACGCUCUAGAUUCAGCUUCCUUUUCAACCCCUUCGGGGGUUCAUCACGGCAUCCGCCCAUUUCGAUCAAUAACAGGGCUGUCGCUCCUGACCAUGCUCGCAACGUUUCAUCCCUCUCUGUAGCAUCAACAACCAGUGGACAUGGACGCAAUCGCUCGGGCUCUAAUUCGACGCUUUUGAAAGCUCUCAGGCCCCACGACCAUUCCACGCCUAUGACAUCCCCGUCGACCAUAUCUUUGAACUCAAUAUCGGCACCCCUCACACAUACUGUUAUGCGCUCAGAGUUCCGGGCGCCAAAAGGUGGCAUUACGCCUGAGCAAUUCAAACUCAUCACCUCCAAGAAUGCACUAGAAAGAUUCGGUGUUCCAUACGGUCCAGACGCUGUAGCAUUUUCAGCAUCAAGGUCUAAUAUGGUGCCGCCGCCCGGCUUCGACGCCACUAUGUCAAGUUCAAGUUUACCAGGUCAAGCAAGUGGCUCACUAUCAACUGACCUUCGCAACCCGUCUAGUACUAGCGCACCAAAGAGAGAGACAACAGGAAGCCCUGUCUAUAACAGUGUUGCUGCGGAUGAGGCUGGACAAACAACCACACGUUCUGUCAUAUCCGGAUCACCUCCAUCGUCACCACGCUCGCUGCUACCAUCUUCAGAUCAACGACAGGGUGACUCGCCUUCAAGUUCGGUGACAUCCUUCGAGACAGCUGCUUCGGAGUUCUCGCAGCCCACUACACCGCUCACAGCGCGACCUGCGACGCCAGUGACGUCUCGGCCCUUUGUCGUAUGAGAAUAUCUCUAUUUCUCAAUUGUGACUUGACUAGGACUUAUUUCCUAUAUCUGGCAUUCAUCUUACUAUCUUCUAUCAUGUUUCGUCCCUUGAACUUUCGGCUG